UUUUACAUAAAAUAUAAUUUACAGUUAUAAUUUUGUUAAAAAUAUUCAGAGUUUUUGAAUGGUUAAUGACUCGACAGAUGAAUUUAUAAUGACUCGUUGCAUAAAUGUUAGAAAUUACCUACAUGUAUUUUACUAAAAUUAUUCUUUAAUAAUUCUAUAUAGAAUUAUUAAAUUCUGUUAUGAAAUAAUAGAAAUAUUACAUGUUUUAAUAAAAGAUUACAAAUUAUAUGCUAAAUCAUUAAUUAAUCAUUAAGUAAUCAUUAAUUAGUCUAAUUACCAAAUGCCAUUGAUCAUAUUGUUGGCGUAUAGAUUACGUUGUGUACAAUGCCAAACGAUUUAGUAACGAGAUUACAUAAAUUCAGUUGCAUCAACUACGAUCUUACUAUAUGUUUUCUCUUCGGUCUUUAUUUGGCCGAUUGCGAGCACAGGUUCACAGAUAGGCAGGCAUUCAUUUGUGCAGUCUCCUUUUUACGAAGUUGUUCCCGUGACCAUUUGAAGAGAGUAUUACGUUUUACGACAUGUGCAGUGGAAUCAAAUGGAAAAAAGAGGCAUUUUGUUCUCUUGAUACUUUCGUUACGUGAAGCAAUGCAGUCCGUGGCGUAUUUCUGUUAUAUCUCCGAAUUUUAUCUUUGCAAGAGUCUGUGUGCUCAAAUAUCAAACUGAAAUAUCAAAUUGUAAUCAAGCCGAGGCACUUUGGAGAAUAAAGACAGAAAAGGUUCACGUGGUUGUCCCUUAAAGAAAGGAGAAUAGAAUUAAUAGAAAAUUUAUAAGCGAGAUUCCACCAAGAUUCCUAAAAGAUUCUUUCUUGUAACAUGUAUAUUAAAAUGUUACUUAUUUUUUCUUUUGUUAAAUUUAUUUUUCUUUUCUCAAACUAAAUAAAGGAUUUAAUAUAUAAAAUUAAAUAAAUUAAGUCAAGCAUUUCACAAAUUUCUCUCUCUUAUUUGGCUUUCUUAUCAUACUUUAUCAUCAUUUUUGCUGUAACACAUUAACAUUCUCAUGGAAAAUAACGCAAAAUUAUGAUUAAAUGUAAUUAAAAUCAAAAGAAUCAAAUCACGCGUUAACACUCAUGUACACAGAGUGUGAUGCGAAGAAACUGUUGUGCCUGAUAUCCAUUGGCAGACAGAAAUUCAUAAUUCGAGGAAAGAAGAUAUCAGGCGUAAUCACCGCAUUAGUUUUGACCAUUCGCAUCAGCCACUUCCGCAAUUCCCAUGAUGUGCCGCGUUAUAUCGCGUGAGCCAUUGCACGCGAGAUGCGAUCCACCUACAUGAAUAAAAGCAGAAACAUGAAUGCGUCGUUUAUUGUGUCGCGCCUGGUUAUCGUGGAUAUUCCCGCUUCACGAAACAGUUUCAUCGAUUCCCAAUUAAAUGACAAUUAGCAAUUUGCGUGACCGAUAAAAUAAUGGUACAUCCAAUUACCGGUAGACGCAUUAAUUUUUAACAAUCAUCAUAAUAAUAAUGUUAUUUGUAAUUUGAUUAAUAAAUCAUGUUAUAUCAGGAGUAAGCUAGUCGCAAAUGCGAUCGUUACGUGAGAAGACGUGCUUUGACCGUUAUUGCUUCACGUAAAGUGCCGGAACAAUUAUCAGCUUUAAAUACAGCGUAAUAACGUGUCAGAAAAAUGGAUCGCCUUUAUGGAACUGCCUUGGACUUCAUCUCGGAGCAGAAAUCGCCCGUUGCAUUGGUAUCUGUGUUUAUGAUCAACAACUUUAUUAAAUGUAAUAUAAUUGCUGCGCAGACUAAUCGCCAGAGGAGUUUGUAUGAAUAACAUGACACGUUAAUUGCGAACGUGCUUCAGUGGCCUAUUAAACGAAAGGAUUUGGCUGCUGCUCAAGUCAUUAAUAAGUGCCGUUAUUAAUUCAGGCGCACGCAUUUAAGUUUGCGAAGAAUUUUGUAAUCCCGUAUAAGUGGUGCAUAUAAACACUAGCUUUAUUAAUAUACUACAAACAUUCACGCUGGUAAAAUAUUUUUCAAAAUUGCUCUCAGCGGCUAUUAGUCUUUUAACGAUGACUUUAAGCAGACGUGAGUGAGCAAUAAAAACUUGAUAAACUGAUAGGUAAUAAAACGAAAGGCGUGCGUGCGACUGUUUCUUUGUCCCGUCUAUAGCAUUUCGUUGUUGCAAUAUUAUGUUUUACAUUAAUUACAUGACGUUACGUGACAACUUGCGUGGCGAAUAUAAGGGGAAAUUUAAUUUCUCUAUUUUUGUGCGGCGUUUCGCGGACGUUUCGCAGAAUGUCGGGCAGAAAUAUAAUUCUGCCUGUCGCAACGUUUACACAUCGCGAUCGUGCGCUCAUCUGAAAUAACUAUUGUAAUACGCGUACGUGCCACGUAAUGGCAAACGCUCCGGUUACGUAAUGUAAAAGCCGCGUGCGCAGUAUAUCCGCUCGUCCGCAUCCGCUAAAUCGUACGAACAAGUUCAACCACUUUCGCGGCUGAUGAUUGAUACGAGGGAAACGAGACAUCGAGAUUGAUGGCCUCUCGAGGAUGGAUCGUAUUGGAUAAAAGAUGAUACUCCGGACGGAAUAACAGAAGCGCUGCUGUUUUUGUCAUACUCUUGGAAAAUAAAUUGCUACAGCAUCGCUCAAAAAUCACUGAAUAAAAACGCGCGACAAACGUGAUAAAAAGUUUAAUUUUUUUCUUUAACCUUGUAUCUCAAAAUGAUGAUGGAUCUGAUGACGUGCAUAGCUGUAUCCAUGCUAUUUCCUUAAAUUGUUUAGUACAGCACGUUUGGCAAGUGCCAUCGUAUAUUCUACAAAUUGUUAAUUAUAAAAUAAAAAAAUUAUUAUAAAUUGUAUGCAAAAGAGGCUACAAUUAGCGAAAUUUGUUGCCAGGACAUAUUAUUCGAAUUAACAUAACAAUUAACGUAUAAAAGUGAAAAAUACAUAUUAUAUUAUAUUACACUUGUGGUGCUUACAUACACGUUUCCGUUUUUUCUGCUACACUUUCAUAAUUUGCAUAAUGCAUAUUAGCAGCGAUUGCUACGCACGUAUAUUAUAUUUAUAUAUGUAUAUAUGUGUAAUAUAUAUACGUAUAUAUGUGAGCGUAUCCGCAUCCGUUUCACCGAACCCGGAGCCGAAUUACGCUUUCACUUUCACCAAAAUAUCUCCUAUAUUAUAUCCGCAAACGGUGUAACGGUCCUUCCUUCCCAGACAGAACAGCCCUACAUUUUUCUGGCGUUCACGUAAUUCUCGCAGGAUCUCGUCGUCCAUUAUCAUUACGUACGCUCGCAUGGAACGCCGGCUUCGUUAGAUAACAAAUCUUUGCCAAAAACAGGCACGUGGUUCAGCAUUGCGUCGCGUGAUGUAACCGUCACCAUAAGAUCCGCCGGCGGAUUUCUAAUUCCACGGGAACCACCGCGAGAAGAGACACUUACCGUUGGAAAAAAUACCGCGGCCCCGUUGAGAUCAUUUGCAUGGCAAAUUUGCUGAACCCGCAUACGUUAUUCGCGCAUUUAUAUCAUAUGAAACACGUAUCAUCAUUGCAUUGAAGCACCGUUAAUGCAGUUCCGCCGGCGAAGGGUAAUGCGCGAGCGAGCCGUGAAAUACAUUUAACUCGGAAAAGCGCGGAGACGAAACGAAGCUUGUAAAGGCUGGCGAUGACGUUGCAGCUUGUACGAGCGGGCUGCUCGAUAAUUAACUGCGCGUUUCGACCACGUGAAAUUAUAGAGGUCCUAUGGUGUGAUGAAAGCGCGCGCGGUGCAAUCUAAAACGCUGGCCACCGUUCGUGUUUCGUAGCGAAAAAGAGCCCGAUUUUCAACGGCGUUCGCCGUUAAUUAUCGCGGAGGGACGCAACGUACGUCUUUACGGCAUUUAAUAAGACUGGCCCACAUUCAACGAGGCGAGCAAGCAUUUCUAACUGGCUUCUUCCACCGUGAUCGCCGCUGAUUCACGAUGACCCACGGUGAUCGUAAAGCAGAAUGGGCGUAAUGCCUCCCAUUCUCCAAUCUUGUUCAUUAUUUAAUGGAACGACAUUCGCAUUUAUUCGAAACAUCGAUCGGCCGAUUGCGCGCUACUUACGCGCCUGAUGGAAAAAGCGCGCGUUAUUAAUUCCCAACUUGUAAUUUGCACCUAUUCGAUUGUGGAAGCAAUAAACCAGCAAAUGGCAGUCACAAUCGACGUGGUAAACGUCACGUCACUCGUUAAUCGCGCGCUGAAAGUAAUUGUACGACGAAGUAAACGCCGCUGACGUUCGUCUAAUGACAUUCGUUCCGUUUGCGAAACCGCCGCGCCGAUUGUAUCAGCAUUUUCUGGAGUUUCAAUUAUUCUCCGUGCAUAAAUCAUAUUCGUAUUUGCGUGCAACGUGUUAUACAAAUUUUUUCUGAAUUAUUUACCCGCAAGUCAUAUUCAUAUUUGCAUGUAUUAUAUAAGAUUUUUCUGAAUUAUUAUUUACGUGCAAAUCAUAUUCGUAUUUAUGUUCGAAUUAUAGCAUAAAUGCCAUAAAUUAUUAUAAUAUUAUAUCUCUUCACAUAUAUUGAAUGAUAAUAAAGUCGUCGGCCAUAAUAAGGCGGUCAUCGAUCCUAUCGAUGACAGCGAAACUUAUCGGAUGUGACUGAGAAUUGUAUGCAAUUACGAGAAAGUGUGUAACGGUGCCUCGUAAUUUCUCCUCUUCCCUCCCGCAAACUCAUCCUCCGAGGAGCACUCCGUGUUCGCUCUCGGACGCGGUAGACGCGACCGCGUUUCUGCAGUCUCGCAAUUACACACGCGGCGGGGAUCGACUUUCGUUUUCCAGGGUAGGGUCGUCCUUUCGCCGGUGUUCUUCCGGCGUUCGAUAAAGAACGAGAUGUAGGCGCGGAGCGCGAGCGUGAAGGUGAGAGCGGUGAGGGGCGAGCGCUGGAGAUCUGCAUUUUUCAUCUCGAGGCAGUUCCCGACGUUUCCCGCACUUCCCGUCAAGUUUCCCGCGACCACAUCCGCCUGCGGAGAUAUGCAGACACGAACGUGGGGGCUCGUAUGGACAAAAGACUUUCUUCCGCCUGGAUAUCGCGAUAUGUCCGGUAAUAUGCUACACGUGAGGCCUGAGACCGCUCAAACUUCGACCGUAGCGGACGGUUUAACUGUUUUAUUCAUUGCAGCAUCUGCAUCUUUUAUUCCAUGUCGAAUGAACGGAGAUGGUUCUCUGCCGGGAAUUGAAUUCUUAAGUUUAAUUUUUAAAAAAUUGCACAAGCGAUAGGUGAUUCUCUUGAGUUCGAGUUCAUCUUAAUCCGGAGCUCUCGUUCGAGUGCGAAGUAAAAUCACGUUAAUUAAUAAGAGCCGUAAGUUCGGGUGCCGGGCUGUAAUUGAUUAGCGAGCAGGAAGUAGCCGACGUUAAUCCUAUUAUUAACCAUCAGUCUGACGAUGUCGACGAUGCGUGCUGGCUGUGCUUGCCGGAGAAAUCGGGAGUUCGUUACGCGGGGAAAAGGCACAUAAUUGUAGAAGUUCCAUCGAAGAUCAGGCUCCUACAACGCACCAACGAGUUGAUUGACCUCGUUCGUCGGCUGUCGAUAAACGCGUUGCACGUACCUUCACGACGCAUGAAUAUCAAGUGCAAGAAUAUAUUCAUUUCUCUUCGCUACUUCAACCCCGCAUUGCACCGUUAUUCCACUACCGCUGUAAAUACGGGAUGUUUGUAGAAUUACGUAAUAUUCCCCACAGAGCGAAUUUAUUUAUUCGUACUCAUAAUUCAUGCUUCAUAAACAAUGCUGAACUUUAGUGCUGCAGAUUGUUGUUGCUGAAAUAAUUAUAAUGUUGGCGUGCAAAAUUUCAUAUUCUCGACUAAUGCAUACAGUCAUGAAAAAAAUUAAAUAAUAAAAGAAUUUUCAAACUACAUCAAAUGAAAUAUUGAGAUCAUUUAUCACUGAACUCUGGAAAUUAACAAGUUAUUACACCGUCACAGAAUUGUGUGCGCCGCGUCCCUCAUCUGCAUUUUCCUCGAGCUCCUCCUUCAAGAAAAUUUUGAAGAGUUAAGCGCCACUAUCUUACACGAAUAUUGAAUAUCCCGCAGUUGAGCGUUGAAGCUUAAAGUAAAAGUACAUCAAAGUCUCGAAACUCGAAAGUAACGUUUCACAUUGCAAAAAGAUUUGAUCGAUAAACCUCUGGGUGUGGUUCAAUGUGGGACCAGCGCGAGUUUCGUUACGAAACACGUCAUCUGUAGGCAUCAUGCAGUAUUUCGCGGAUAGGCAAGGACAAGAAACCAGUCCAGACAGUCUAUCGGGUAAUCAAUUGCGGGUAGGCAAUGAUAGGAUCGCAAGUCGAUCAAGUCUGCAAGGCUCCCCGUGUCAGAUAGUCGCAGAUUGUGCAACGCGAGCUCUGCUCCGGUUUGUACUCCGCAAAUUGAUAAAACACUCGUCCCGAUGUUAUUCCCGCAAUGGGAAUACAACGUCGUUCGCAAUUAGCGUAAUCUUGAGGUGUGUAAGAAAGUGCACCGAACAAUCGCAUGACUUGUUGUACGUCGACGCACAUCCGGCGGAAAGUAGCAUGCAACACCCACGAACGGCUAAUUAUUACACAUUAUGCCGCAACGGUUCGAGAUAGAUACAUAGGGUGCAUCGGUGGUAGCGGCAAUUGCGACAAAUUGAUUAUCAAACGGUGUUCACACGCGAGUUUUCAUUGCGCGGUGCUUCGCGCGGAAAGUGUGUCAGGAAAACGCGCGUGUGUUUGAAAUGUAAAUGCGAGCGCGGCACACACAUCUAUCCGUCCGUGCGCAAUGUUUAUUGUUGCAUUAUAACGUAUAAUAUCAGAAUAUUAUGUUGCGUACCCAUAUGUAUAUUUAUAGAAAUUAUAUAUAAUAAAGCACACGCCUAUCAUUUGCGAGCUCGCGUCUGUCAGUCUCGUUUUGCCUGCCUUUGAACACGCGUACAUCUCAUUUAUAUAAAUCAACUAAGAACGCUACUUGCACGACAGAAAACUGACUAUUGAGAAUCGUCUGAUUCGCUGCGACAAACAUGUACUUAUCAACAGCAACGAGGCGGAAUUAAAUAAUCGAGCAACAUUAAGUGAAAGCACGAAACAGCUCGAGUACGCUGAACCGGUCACGGUUCAAGUUGAGACCAAUUCGAUUUGAGUGAUCUGCCUCUAAGAGUCCAUCGCUCAGGACUGCCUCAGAUAGGGUCAAAACGAAUUGAACCCGAUCGUUCAGUUUCGUGAGAAACACCGCCGGUCGAGCGUUUGCUCCAGUUUCGGGUUUCUCCUCAUUUGCAUCUGGACCGAUGCAAACGAGCGUAAUGACGUUGAUGACUCAUAGCUCUGGGAAUGUUAACUGCUCGGAAACAAUCUAAUCGCUCUUUGAGAGCUCGGCGAAAAUGCUAGAUUUUUUAUAAUUUUGCUAAAAAAAUACGUAUUCGAAUUAGUUAAAAUAUUCCCAAUACCGCAGCGUUCUCCAGCGAGCAAGAUUCGGUGCUAAGGGUGGGAUUGCGGGAGACAGUACGCGGUUUACGUAACGCGAUCAACGAUCCCAGGGGAGAAAGGGAGAAAGGAGUUUUUGGCGGUCAUGUCGUCCGUGCAUUCUCCGAAUCCGGUUCUGAAAGCCGACCACGCCAAUACAUGGUGGCACCGGUUACACAUCAUGUAACCGAACAGGACAUCGCAUUACGUUAUGAGUAUGAUAUAAAGAAGUCGCGUCGAUUAAUCGGGCUUUCCUGAGCAAGAUGAAAGGAGACAGAAGUUAGUGCCUGCCGUAAUUAAUUGAUUUAACUUAAAGUAUCGUGUACUCGGAUUCCACUCGUGACGCUGAUAACUCGUUGUCGGCAACAAUUAACGUUGAACGAUAAGCUUCGACGUUACGCAAUGCGAUCACCCGUUGCUUGUCGCAAUAAAGAUAUCGUUUUUCUUUUACGAUCGUGUUAUGACGGGACGCAUAACGAGCGUUCUCCAAGAGAAAGGAGUCUCCUCGAGAGCGUUUCACGUAGGGCUUCCAGGUCUGCCUCUGACAAUCGAUUUCGCCGACACGCGACAUGACGGGAAACAGGUAGCUCUAUUAUGAUCUAGAAAGGAAACUUUUCGGCUGUCUCCCGGCCUCGACCGGAUUCCGCUUUUAGCCGCGGGGCGUCUUCGGCCACUGCAAGCCGGACAUGCUAGCUCCGGAUCGGCAUAUGUCGCAAUUCGUCAAUGUGAACGCGCGUUUCCCUCACAACACUGUUCAACCUCGUGCACCACGCUUGGUGCUCAGCUUUCUAUGGCGGAGGAGAGCACAAGAAAGAAAGAAAAAAAAGAGAUUGCGGCAAUGGCGUGGUAUGGUGACGACACCCCGCCACCUCCGAGAGGCCGCCUAUCUUCACCAAGCAUCUGGAUUCUGGUACUUCAUCGCGUUCAAGUAUCUCAAAUUUGUCGAGUGUGACUUGUGAAUUCUGAGAGCAAUUGUACUCAUAAGAACCUCGAUUGUAUGUAGUUUAUAAGCCUCAGGAGAAUGACGUCAGAGAUUCAAGAUUGGAAAUUAAGAUUCCAUUGAUAUUUAUUAACGGAUGAUUAACUUGGAAGAUUUAUUGAAAUUUAUUACACACAUUUCUGUGGACAAAGAAGUAUCCAAUACGUCACGCUGAUCAGCGGGAAUGCACGGAAACCACUGAGCGAUAUCGUGGUCGCCGUUAUUUCCGAUUAUGCGAAUCGCGUGGAGUAUUGGCACGUCGAAAGCGCCUUUUAAUUUCGCGGGGGGAGAACGUCUGGACGCGUCACGAAAUGCGAGUAACAGCGCCGUAACAGCUUCCGGCGAUCGAGCGGCGCGAAUAUGGAAGUAAUCUCAUUGGAGGGAUCGGUGUCGCAUAAUGCGUGCAUCGAUUGAUGUCAUCGUGACUAUCUCCCACUGGCAGCGGUGUAUCAAACAGCCUCUAUCUGUACUCCAUUAUCUCUUCGAUUAAAACAAGCGUCCGCUUACUACGAAACUAGAUCUUGUCCCGAUCGAAUUUGACGAUCGCGCGCCGCACAACAAAAUGUGGAGAAAGUAAAAGUGGAGAGAAACGUGUUUGUCUCGUAAAGAUAGCAAAUACGUGCGUAACAGCGGUCGAUUGCCUCUUUCCACACGUUGACUUUUUCGUUAAAUGUAUAAGUACGUGUCCCAGUAAUCUGGUUGCAGAUUAAGUUUAUGUGGAUUUAUUAAAAAGGAUAAUUAGUCCCUCAUUCUCAAAAAAAGUCCUUUAAAUUUCAUCCCAGAACAAAUUUAAUUGCCAAUGUAAUAUAUGUGUAAUCUGUGAAGAAUGGAAAGACCAGUGCACGCAGGUGUCCCUGAAUGUUUUACGUCUUAUGCCGGCGCGAAAUAUCGUUAGAAAUUACCGUUGCAAAUCGUAGAACCCUCGACAUUCCUCUGCGAGGACAAGCAGGCAAUCAUCUGCACCGAUCACCGGAGAUGCCAUUCGCUGUUCCAGAUCGAUCAAACGCUCAAACCAGUUUGCUUAUCGAUCUGGUCCCAGGCGUUUUUGGAUCUCUGGUGCAAGACGUUCACCUCCACAUUUUUCAAAGCUGUCAAAGCAUCCGAUUAUUCAUUCGAUUAUUUUCCAUACAAUUACAAUACCGUAUGCGCGACAAAGUACAAAAGAGAAAGACAAAUGCCGCAUACCGUUACACAAUAACGACAAAAAGAAAAUUUUCGCAAAUAAACAAGACGCAAAUAAAUCAACGACACGAUGGCCCCAUUUAUGCGCGUUCCGCAUUGUCAUGCACUUUCCGCGUGUAUAUGGACGGUCGAUGGGACAAUGGUGGGUGUAAAUCGGCCGACGAUGUCUCGAUGUCGUCCAACCGGCGACGCUUGGCACGAGCGAGGCAAGUGGUACCUUCAUGAAGGCAAAAGGUGUAUCAAACUCCAGGUAGGAGAAGAGGUACCUCAUACACCUCCCGCGAGUUUACCAGCUCCACGGAGUGCUCGACGAGCGGACAGUUACCUUUCCGUUCUGAGACCGCGAGGAUCUAUCCUCCCUCCAUACUUGCGGCCGAGCUCGCUGAUCACUACCUCUGGGUGAGUCCCGCACUUUAAGAUUUCCGUGAAGCCUCGCGAUUUCCGCAAGACGUCGGAUUAACGUGAUGCAAGAUACAUUAUGAACGAAUAACAUCGAUCGCAUCCUGGUGCUCGUGAACUUUUCAUUGCGGAAAUCGUGGACGAUUACGUGACGCGCGAUUUGUCACGGAGCGAAGACGCGAUCACGAAUGUUUAAAAUAAUUUCAUGAUAGUAAUGGCAAUGACGUUAAGCAAAUUUGACUUUCCAAAAUUUGUAUUGUUGAAUGUUCUCUUUUAACUUAUACAAAAAUUUAACGAUGUAAUUCACCAUGAAAAGCGUGUUUAAAAAUUAAUAUACAAAUUAUAUAUAAAUGUGUAUAUAUAGAAUUGUGUAUAUAUAUAUAUAUCGGCAUUUUAUUUUUGCAUAAGCAAAAAGAGACCUGCAUGUAUAUUCGAUGUAAUAUAAAUUCGAUUAGAAGAAAAUAGAAGAAUGGCGCGAUUCACGCCGAGAAUCGUUUCAGCGUUAUUGUAAUAUUCAGGAAACUGCAUUUUAAUUUUCGCUUUGAUAGCUUUCACUAUUGGUCCUACUUUGUUUGAUCAUGAUAGUAUUACAAAGUAACUGCAAUCACACUUCGCACGUGAAAUAGAGCCCGGGGGGUCUCUUAUGACAAAGUGAGCGGUUGCGCUAAUAAGAAUUGUGUUGAUGAGAGUGACGUCCCUGGCAUGCAGCGGAAGGUAAUGCCACAGACACAAAGGGAUACCAAAAACAUAAAGAGCAACGCAGGAAUAAACAUGACAAAAUUAUCGCACGAGAAUUAUCGCUAUAUAUAAUAUAUCAUCGAUCAUUUUCGAGUUUUGUAUAUUUCUAACGCUGUCAUAUAAAAUUAAUAAUCUGCUCUGAUAAUUAUAAGGAUGUUAAUCUAUUCAAUCUAUUCGAUCUAUUCGAUCUCGUAUCACUGCAACUUUCAGUAUCCUAUUCACUUUCAACCUCUGACGCACUGCUGUUCAAGCGUAACGACCGGUCUUUUGAAGUUAAAAGCGCAUUUUCUGCGUCAAAUGUCCACAGAACUGGUCGUCGAUGUCGUUAUCGGAAGCCAUAAAAUUCUGUCCGCAUGUAGUGUCAAUUAUGUUUAGGUUCCACUCCCGCAUCUCUUUCAGUUCCGUUAGCACUGUCGUUUGACGGAUCUAGGUCCGGUCGUACUGGUUCCGCUCGUCACCGAGGCAAAGUGGAAAAUUCGCUCGCGGUCGCAUUCGGUAAUACUGACGUGAGUGCUUAUGCUAUGAACAUUGCGCUCGAUUGAAAAAAUAUUCGUGCAAUAUAUAAUGGAAAUAAUAAUAAAGCAUAUCAAAAUAUUAAAAAUUUUAGGCUUUUGCGUUGUUGCUUACUACAAUCUUGGCUUCUGGUUUGGAGUCGCGUUUUCUGUUGCUUUUAAAAGCGCAAAAUUAUAUUAAACUAUAAUAAUUAAAUCAGUCCGCAUAAAGUAAAGUAUAAAUUAUUAUAAUCUUUACGCGAUUAAGCGAUCUUGUAUCGCUGCUUUUAUCAAUUUUAUUCCCUACUAUUUUUUCCCUAUCUAAACUUACAUGCAUAAACUCGCGUCCAUAUAAGUAGAAAGUAGACGUUAACGCGACAUAUCCAUCUACUUUAAAACGCAAACUGUUUCCACUCACAACAGUUUCUUGACGCGAUAGUCGGAGGCAUGUCCCGGAGAGCGGCAAUUAGAAAAUCGCUGCAUGUUAUCACAAGCACGCUAGCACACUGUCGUGAGUUCCACAAAAUUAGCGAUACUUUAAAUCCACGUUCCGCGGAAUUUUCCCUGUAAUAUCCAAGUGUAGAGACGCGUUCGCAGGCACUUAAUGGAAAGCACCAAUUACUCAACUAUGCAAAAAUGCAGAAAAAUACUCGAAUACGCAAGAUACAUCUGCAUACUCGUAUCUGGGUCUGAUCUCGAUCUCGCGAGGUCGCUCGGUGCAUCCAAGAUCUUGCGCUCCUCGAAGACGCUCAUCGCUGGAACGAAAAUGCAAUACUCGCUCGUGCGUGCAUUCGAGAAGCGUGAAAAAAAGUAGGAAAAGAAAAGAAACAGAGGCGAGAUAUUAUCGUCGUGCUCGCAUUCUCAAGCGUCGCAACGUUCGUUCGUUACGCUCGCCUGAAUUAAAUUUCGCAACGUGAUGCCGUUGCGUGUGCGGCGUACUUUUCUGCAUUAAUACGGCGGAGCACCUACACGACGGUAGACUCCGUUCCAUCGGAACCCGAUUCAAUGUAACUUUCCCGGAGUUUGCUCCCCACGCCCAGAGGCGUAUACCGGUAUAUAAGAGUAUAAUUAAACAGUCACAAAUCGCCGAUUAUAAUUAACCGAGCGGAGGAAUCUGUCGAGGCCAUAAUGCGCCGAUACUGCCGCUCUGCAGGGUACUCGCGUGUAAAUUCAUCUCCAAUUUAUUCGUCUAAUAAAAUAAUUAGUAAUACAGAUUUUUAUCUUGACAAUACAGGGAGUCGCGAAGCAUAUUUUUUUGAAUUCGCGAGGCAAGAAAGCGCUAACGAAGAAGAAAGCUGAAGGAAUUUUUAGCAACGUGAACGGCGGGAAGAACGGGAAGAGAUUACUAUCUCUGGCAUUAAAGAAAGUAUAACACUUUUGACAAAUAGAGCGGUGCGAUGUUCAUAAAUCUACUAACUCUCAUCAUCUUGAAAUGAACGAAAGCUUUUAAGAAACUUGAAGCUAAUGGAUUCAUCUUUCUUCCGAAUUGCGGGUAACGAGUUAGAGAAUCGCGAUGAAAGUGCGAUUUUUCAAUUUGCAGGUAGCUCGAGGAGAACGAGCCGCCGAAGAUGACGCCGAUCGUACUUGCGUGCGCUGCUCUCGUUGCGUUCACGCGCGACGUGCAGGCGAUCUCGUCGGCCUGGAGACCAAUCGUGCCGUCCCAUGGUGGCAGCGCAAGUUUAUUGCAUCAGGAGGCAUCGAUCUUCGGAAAUGCGCCAACGCAGACGCUCUACGACGUGGACAGUUCUCAUCACCUGCUGCUGCCGCAUGAUCAGGAGAGAUGUUCCCUCUACAAGGUCUCCAUGAAUCAGCAGCUGUACUUCGAGUACAUCCAUUACAAGACGGAGCUGCCGGACAUGAAGGAGUUCACCCUCUGCGCGUGGACGAAAUUUUACAAUCACUCCAACGACCAUCCCCUGUUUUCUUACGCGGCCGGAGACCAGUCACGAGGGAUACUGUCGUGGGUCGCCAACACGCCAAGGAGUUCGUACUACAUGCUCAACGUCAACGGCCACAACUUGUACAGAUUGAAUUAUCCGCUGAGACUUAACAAGUGGUACCAUUCCUGCCAGAGCUGGAACGGUCGCACCGGGGAAUGGCAGAUCUGGGUCAACGACGAGCGCGUGGGCCGCGGGUUCAACAACAGGCUGGUCGGACACGUCAUCAAAGGCGGCGGAAUUGCCAUUUCGGGACAAGAGCAGCGUCAACUGGGUGGUGGUUUCCUGGAGGGCGAAGGCGCGCCGCCAAGUUCCGGAGGCUAUUUAGGCGAACUGACGAUGCUGCAGCUCUACAACGUUGCCCUGACCGCGGGAAAAGCGCACAAGGAUCACAAGCACCAUCAUGCUCAUCAUUAUGAACAUGAUACGAGCAAUAACGUUCCGAGGGCCACGACCCGGGCGCCAGUAACCGGACCACCCUUGCCACCGCAUCCCUUCCUCACCGGCGGACAAAUCAAUACACAAGUGAAGAUCAAUCCCGGGGCGCCGAUUCAGAUCGUACAAAACGGCAUAACCAUCCGUCAUCCGGCAUUACCGCCCGUUCCGGAAUCGCCCCCGCAGCCGCUCCCGCCCUUGAAUCUCGACGUUCUCACGACGUCCUUCCCCACCCUGCCGACGCAGUUCAUCAGUAAUCCGGUGCAGCAGCAAUUGCCCGCUGGUGCUGGUACAUCGUCGAUCUUCCCGGUGGACGGGUCCUAUCACAACAUUUUCAAGAGGGAGAAAAACGAGUCCAAGAGGCGAAACAUUAAGAAUGGAACGAUGGUAUCGAGCUUGACCGAAUCCGAGAAACCAAAAAUCACGAAGAGAAAUGCCGAGAAGGUGCCGGAAAGUCAUGACGACAAGGUGUCCUUCGUGCCGAGGAAAUCAGAGGCAACAGAUGACAAGAAGGUGGGCAAGCGUGAGGCCGAUAAGAAGAAGAAGAGAGGAUUAUUGCAGCUGAGCGAUGGAUCGAUCUUCGACGAUGGCUACUCCAUCCCCCAGGGCCUGGACAACGAUUAUUUCACGGGACUGAGCUUCGGGCUGCUGAAGGAGACGGAGGAGGAAGACGUUCGGGAACCCGCUGAGUACGAGGUCAGACAGGUGAUGGACGUGUGCGAUGGCUGCGCCGAGGAACCCUUCGACAAAGCGCUGGUCAUCGGCUGGAGAACCGUGCCGAAGAAGCUCUAUUCCGGCGCCUUGUAUCUGCCGGCCGUGCAAGCGUGCAAAGCGUUUUAAACCGAGUGGCGCGCGAUAAUUCCGCGUACGCCAAGUGACAAUCUGGGAUGUUGCAUGAACUCUCAGGGAAUCGAUCGAGCGAGAGAUCCGGAUUGCGAUUCCGACGAUCGCGCGUCGCGACGCUCGACGGUAGACCGACGCUCUCUCGAGAACGAAGCAUUCCCAGCCAGGUAUUCCCACGCCAUGCUUACACAGAUCGCUCCGAGUUAUCUUUAGUCGUUAUGGGCGGAGAUGUUUGUCGUUCGAACGCCGUGACACAAACGCACGUAAUUUCCGAUUUCUCCUUCGUUCGCUCAGUUUUUCUUCGAUUUUUCUUGCCGCAUGUAGCGCGAUGAUGCAAUCGGUGCUUUUCCGCGGCUUUUGUGCGACGUACCGCCGUUGUUCGAUCUCGAACGUGCGAAGGUGCGAUUAACAUCGCUUGCGCCGUGAAGAAACACGUGCGUGACAAGAAACGGUUUGCCAGUCGUAUUUAUUCGCAAUCUCUGUCCGAUUAACUGCACAACAACGAAUUUCAUAAGGAUUCGUCGAGUGCUACGAGUUUAGGGUAAAUUGUAACAAAAAGCGACUAUAAUUAGAGCUCACGAUUGUUAUAGACUCAUCGCAAAAUCAGACUUUGAUCUCCGCCAUGUUUUACCAACUGCCAUUUUUAGUCGAAUUGUCGAGAGUUAGCAAGAGAUAUGUGUUAACAAAUAUAAUAAAUAAUUUAUAUAAAAUAUUACAUGUAACAUUUAAUAUAGAAGACUAUAUAUUAUUACAAACGACCGGAAGAGAGCACCUUCCUCGAGACUAGUAAAUGUUGCGAGAAUUCGUAUACGAAAGUCGAACUCAAUUAAUUACGAGAAAUUGCAUUGUGCAGCGAAAUGCUUCGUUACGUAAUAGGACAGUAUUAUUUCAUAAGUUCGAGAACACUAAUACAAUAAGCAACAGCAAUCGCUCUUUUAACCGAAAUACUCAUUUCCAGUUGCGCGCUGAUCGAUUGACCGAUUAACCCGACGAAGAGAGAUUUAAUUGUGCGACGAAGACCGUUUUAAUCGAUCAGCAGCGAUCAGCAGCAGCGAUCUAAACUUAAGCUGAAGAUUUAGCUCUAGUGAUAUCUUUUGCGUCGGUUUUACGUGUGAUGUAUAUCGAAUAAAAAUUCUUGUGAAUCGUUGCA